CCGAGCAGCACCUGAACGCAGCCCCAGCAUCGUCCAGCUCCCGGGAGAGACGGACGCUUUCUCCUGGGCGUGUACUCAGCCAUGUAGUGGAAAACUGCAAAUCAGUCUGAUAUUUAUGUAACACAACAACAACAAAACGGAAUCACUGAACACUAACCGAGGGCGAACACAGAUGGAUCGCUACGAUAACCUGGAUUUGGAUUUGGAGUGUGAUGGAGGAGACGCUGUUCAAAAGGGAGGAUUAUUCAAAGGGAUAUUUAAGAGAUCCUCUAAGUUGCCGGAACCAUCUGCUCAGGCACAGGCUGUGGCCGAUUCUGAAAUGCUGAAAGAAGAAGACAAGACUUCAUCCAAAGAGGAAAAGAAAGAGGAGCAGGCCAAGCACAAGUCAGAGGAGACCAAAGUCAAGAAACCCAAGAGACGCAAUCCCUUCAUGCCUCAAGUCAAGCCAAAAAUUGUACAGAAGUGUGGACAGGAUGGAGCUGCAGGCAACACGGCAGAGAAUGAAGGUGGAAGCAGGCCCUUGUUUGAGCAGCUGAAUGACUUCUGUACAUCCCCAGAGCAGCCUGAGGAUGGUCAGCGUGUGGAGAAUGUCAUGGAGUGGUGGAAAACAGUGGAGUCAUGGGAAGACACACCUCAAGAUGAUGACAUGACAGAAAAAGAAGAGGCCAAGGCUUUUGCUUUGACGGCUGAGAAGGUGCAGAAGGGCAUCCGUGUCUUCAACAAGUUGUUCAUCAAGCAUGCUGAGAGCUUGUGGCAGCACAUCAUCGACCUCAACAGCAUUGCAGAUGGCCUAGACAAGUUCAACAAGAAAACAAAGAUCGCUCAAAUCACCGGCGGCUCCACCAGCGCCAUUGGGGGCAUAACCACAAUUACCGGCCUUGCCUUAGCCCCUGUAACCAUGGGAACCUCUCUGAUUGUGACAGCAGUGGGGCUGGGUGUGGCCACAGCAGGCGGGCUGACAUCAGCAGGUGCUGGCAUCUCCAACCAGGUCAACAAUUCAAUGGACCGCAAAAAGGUGGAGAGGCUCGUGGAGGACUACCAGGGAAAGAUGGUCGACCUCAACAAGUGCCUGAAAUUCAUCCAGCACGGCAUCGAAAACCUGCGCAAGUUUGACUUGAUCAAGUUGAAAAGCCAUGUGUAUAAUCAUGAAUUCCCUGCACUUACUAGCAGCUUCUAUGAGGAUGGCGCCAUGGCAGGAAAGACUAUCUUAACCAACACCAACGAGAUCAUGCGUGUGGUGCAGAUUGCCCACGUGGCCGGAACCACAGCAGCCAGAGCGCUCCAGAUUGCCAGCAUGGCCACUGGUGUGCUGACUGGAUUCUUUGUAGGUAUGGACAUCUACUUUGUGGCGAAAGACUCCAAACAACUCAAGAAAGGAGCGAAAUCAGAGUUUGCUACGAAAAUCAGGGAGGUGGUCACUCAGCUGCAUGAUGGUCUGGUGGAGCUGAACGCUAUACGAGAAGAGCUGCAGUCCAUCACACCAGAAAACAGGCAUACAGCUGCUAUAGAUACUGAUAAGAAACAGAAAUAUGACAAAUAUGAUAGUUGAUGAAAAUGAAGUCGACUGCAUUAAAGAAGCCAUCAAAAACACACCGAGAGCCAAGAAUGUGUUUGACUAAUUCUUCAAGUCCAGGUAGGGUAGAAAUAAAUAUGAUGAAUAACUGUUUAGUGGUCCCACUACAUAGUUCUCAGUCUUUUCACAUUCAGCAGCUGUUUUCUAACCUGUAUAAUGCGUUUGGAAGUAAAUCACUGAUUUUUUGCUUUACCCAGACUUUAAACUGUGCUUUAAUCAUUUAGUUUUAAAAGGAAGAAUUGUCAGUUCCCCAGUUUCCUUUGCAGAAGGGCUUCUGAACAUACUGGCCCAAAAACUAAUAGGUGCCCCAGUAGCUGAAUGGUCAGCAUGGUAAACCAUAUGCCAGGCACAGUGUGCGCGUGCGGUUCGAGUCUGGCUACGGACCUUGGUCGCAGACCUCCCUUUCUAUCUCUCCCUCGUUUCCUGUCCUAUUAGGAGAAUUCACACUUGAUGAAAUACACAAGUUUGCAAAACCUCUAAAUUUUUCUUUUAGGGAACUGAUUUCUUCAAACAUGACUCACACUAUUGGGAAUGUUUGCAGUACAUAAAGUAUCAUAUUUGCUUCUCUGGCAGUUGUGUCAGUAUGUGAAACUGCAAGCUCUGCUGUCAGCUCUGUGGUCUGUUAAAAGGACCUCAUAUUUAUUUUUUGUCUUGCUCUGGGUGGAGUUCAUUCACUGAUACCUUUUAUGUGCAGCAUAUUGUAGAACUCCAUGUGUAAUAAAUGUAAACAUGAAAUUUAUUCUUUGAAGAUCAGAGAAACUUUGGUCAAU